AUGGGCGUCCUCCCCGAGGUCGCUCAGGCUGAGAAGAAGAUCCCCUUCAGGGAGAAAGUGUUGUGGACGGCCGUGACGCUGUUCAUCUUCUUGGUCUGCUGCCAGAUUCCCCUCUACGGCAUCGUCUCCUCCGACAGCGCCGAUCCCUUCUACUGGAUGCGUGUCAUUCUCGCGUCGAAUCGCGGUACCCUCAUGGAGCUCGGUAUCUCUCCCAUCGUGACCUCGGGUCUCGUCAUGCAGCUUCUCGCUGGCAGCCACAUCAUCGAAGUCGACCAGGGCCUCAAGGAGGACCGCGCCCUCUUCAACGGUGCCCAGAAGCUGUUCGGUAUGAUCAUCACUGUCGGCCAGUCGAUCGCCUACGUGUGGUCGGGCAUGUACGGUGAUCUCGCCUCGCUCGGAGCCGCCAACGCGCUGAUGAUCAUCAUCCAGCUGUUCAUCUCGGGUAUUAUCGUGAUCCUGCUCGAUGAGCUGCUCCAGAAGGGUUACGGUCUCGGCUCGGGCAUUUCGCUGUUCAUCGCGACCAACAUCUGCGAGAACAUCGUGUGGAAGGCCCUCAGCCCGACCACGAUCAAUACCGGCCGCGGCACCGAGUUCGAGGGCGCCCUCAUUGCGCUGGUGCACCUGCUGAUCACGAGGACCGACAAGGUCAGGGCGCUCAAGGAGGCCUUCUACAGGCAGAACCUGCCCAACGUGACCAACCUGCUGGCCACGGUGCUCGUCUUCAUGGUGGUCAUCUACUUCCAGGGCUUCAGGGUCGACCUGCCCGUCAAGUACCAGAGGCAGAGGAGCGGCCCCGGCACCUACCCCAUCAAGCUCUUCUACACCUCCAACAUCCCCAUCAUCCUCCAGACCGCCCUCGUCUCCAACCUCUACUUCAUGUCCCAGCUGCUCUACAGGCGCUACCCCGGCAACGUCUUCGUCAACCUCCUCGGCCAGUGGCACGAGUCCGAGGGCGCUCAGCACAUGCAGUCCGUGCCCGUCGGCGGCCUCGCCUACUACGUCUCGCCGCCCAGCUCGGUGGCCGAGAUCUUCCACGACCCCUUCCACGCCGUCUUCUACCUCACCUUCGUCCUCACCGCCUGCGCCCUCUUCUCCAAGACUUGGAUCGACGUCUCCGGCUCGUCGGCCAAGGACGUCGCCAAGCAGCUCCGCGACCAGCAGAUGAUCAUGAAGGGCCACCGCGACUCCUCCCUCGUCAAGGAGCUCAACCGCUACAUCCCCACCGCCGCCGCCUUCGGUGGCCUCUGCAUCGGAGCCCUCUCCGUCCUCGCCGACUUCAUGGGCGCGAUCGGUUCGGGCACCGGUAUCCUUCUGGCCGUGACCAUCAUCUACCAGUACUUUGAGAUCUUCGUCAAGGAGCAGCAGGAGUUUGGUGACCUCUUCUGGUAA